AUGGCUUUUAGAACCACCAGUGUUGUACUAAGCAACAUGAAGAGAUGGGCCUACAAUAUGUCUGGUUUUAACAAAUACGGUCUCCUUCGUGAUGACUGUCUUCAUGAGACCGAGGAUGUGACGGAGGCACUCCGCCGCCUCCCACAACAUGUUGUUGAUGAACGCAACUUCCGCAUUGUACGUGCCCUGCAACUGUCUCUCACCAAGACCAUCCUCCCCAAAGAAGAGUGGACUAAAUGGGAGGAGGACCAGCUCUACCUCUCACCUAUUGUAGACCAAGUGAAGAAGGAGAGACUAGAGAAAGAAAACUGGGAGAAGAACUAUUAA